AGGAGUUUCCGUCAGCUACCAAGUUCGGUGGGCUCUGUUCUCGAUCCUCCGCGCAACGUUCCCCGGCCGUGCUUUCUCCCACGGGUAUCUCCGGGGCUUCGGGGCCCUGCUAAGGACCUGAUCUGACGUCGCCCCCCCUCCCAACUGCUCCCCUGGAAACCGAUCAGAAAUCACUUGUUUCUUCAAUGAGAGCAAUGCUGAUGCUUCUUCAGUACUGCUGGUACAUACAUUUUUCUAGGUCAUCUUAGAUGGCUCAACUUUUCUUACUCUGACAAGAAUGAUGUAAGAAGGUGAUUUAGCCAAUUUGCUUUCUGUUUUGGAAGCCUGUUUUGUGAAUUUGGAAACAUUGUUCUUGUCAGACUUAAUCUAACAACUCACUCUCAAAAAUGCUAAGAUACUGGGGAGAGAUCCCAAUAUCAUCCAACCAAGCUAACAGAAGCUCCUUUGAUUUGCUCCCACGGGAGUUUCGACUGGUGGAGGUCCAAGAUCCACUCUUGCACCAACCCUCUGCCAAUAAGCCACGGCCAACCACCAUGUUGGAUAUCCCAUCCGAGCCUUGCAGCCUCACCACCCACACAAUCCAACUGAUCCAACACAACCGUCGCCUACGAAGCCUCAUUGCCACAGCCCAGGCUCAGAUGCAGCAGCAGGCAGAGGGCAUCAAAACUGAAGAGAAUGAACCUCUUCCAUCCUGUCCAGCUUCACCCCCCCUUCCUGAUGACCUGCUUUCUUUGGAUAACAAGACUGGCAAAAUGCCAUUCCAGAUCAGGCAUAGUGACCCCGAGAGUGACUUUUACCGAGGAAAAGGAGAACCUGUGACUGAACUGAGUUGGAAUUCCUGUCGUCAGCUGCUCUAUCAGUCAGUAGCCACAAUUUUGGCUCAUUCAGGCUUUGAAUGUGCUAACGAAAGUGUCCUGGAGACUCUAACGGAUGUGGCUCAUGAAUAUUGUCUUAAAUUCACCAAGCUGCUGCGCUUUGCUGUGGACCGAGAGGCCCAGUUGGGGCAGACUCCCUUUCCUGAUGUUAUGGAGCAGGUGUUUCAUGAGAUGGGCAUUGGCAGUGUGCUGUCCCUGCAGAAGUUCUGGCAGCACCGAAUUAAGGACUAUCACAGUUUGAUGUUACAGGUUAGCAAGAAGCUUUCUAUGGAGUAUGAGAAGAUUGUAAAUCCUGAGAAGGCCACAGAAGAUACCAAACCUGUGAAGAUCAAAGAGGAGCUUGUCAGUGAUAUCACCUUCCCUGUCAGUGAGGAGUUGGAAGGAGACUUGGCCUCAGGUGAUCAGUCUCUGCCUGUAGGAGUGCUUGGAGCUCAGAAUGAACGGUUCUCAUCCAACCUGGAGGUUGAAGCUUCUCCACAGGCUUCAGGUGCUGAGGUAAAUGCUUCUCCUCUUUGGAACUUGGCCCCAGUAAAAAUAGAAUCACAGGAGAGUGAAGAAGGCACUGUCUCUGGGCAUGGCGUGUUGGGCAGUGACGUCUUUGAAGAGCCCAUGUCAGGUAUCAGUGAGGCUGGGAUACCCCAGAGCCCCAAUGGCUCAGAAAGCAGUUAUGGAUCUCAUUCCCCUGACAGCCUCAUGGGAUCCUCCCCUGUCUUCAACCAGCGCUGCAAAAAGAGGAUGAGAAAAAUAUAAGAGGAAAAGGAAGAGUUUUUUCUUCUAACCAACAGGGUGGCAACCAUACAAGAACACAUCCCCAUAAACAGUGAAUUGAUAUGGAGCGGUCCAAAGGCUCCAGAGACCAUUCCCAGAAUCUCCAAAAAUAGGUUUGGCUGAAAGUGUUACUUCCCCUCCGUGGAGAUUUCAGAACAGUUUUGUGUAAACAAAAACUAAAACAGAAACCAAGAUCAUGAGACCAGAAUUCUGUUUUGGUUUUAAUACUGACUUUUGAUGUGAUGUGAUGACUUGGGAUCAAGUUACUUCACCACUAAAUCUGGUUCCUCUUUUCUACCAUGAAAAACAGCGAGAGAUAAUUAUGGUGAUUAAUCAAAUUUGUUAAAACUAUUACUUAAGUAACUAUGCUUAGAUUUAGAUCCUGUAUGCAUAAAAGGAUUUUGUAUAUAUUUAUUUUGUUUGGCUUACUUCGAUAACAAAUGGAAGUCACUGUGAAUCAAAUAUUGGUGCUUCAAAGCAAAAGACUUAACACAAAUAAAUGGCUUCUCCCACCAACUAA